AUGUCGACAAUGAUGACGACGGUCGCUGGCUGCAAAUUUUGCGAUAUUGCGGCGGCCAAGAAGAAGGAUGAGAUACUGAAAGAAAAAGAAAAGUGCAUCGUUGUGAAGGACAUCAAGCCGAAAUCGAAAUUCCAUUUUCUGGUGAUUAGCAAACAGCACAUUCCGAAACCAACCGAUUUGACAAUCGCCGACAUUCCAUUAAUUGAGCAAAUGGAAUCGGCCGGUCGCGAAGUGCUCAGAAAGCAUCUGAAGAAGUGCGGCGACGCCGACACCAUCGAGGAUAUGCUUCGCGUCGGCUUCCAUUAUCCGCCGAUGCUCAACGUCCACCAUCUUCAUAUGCAUUUCAUCUAUCCGAUCAGUGAGAUGGGCUUGAUCUCUCGAAAAUUGACGUUCCGACCGGGAAAGGUGUUCAAGAGCACGAGAGAUGUGAUCGAGAAUCUUCGCCAAUCGGCCGGCAUUGCUGAUCCAUUGGAGGACAAGCACGAGGGUCCCGAGAAGAUCUCCGCCCACGCGAUAGGCCUCGGCUAA